AAAACGUGUCGACUCCUCGUAUAAUUGUAGGUCUGGAGUGAUUUAAAAUAUGUUUUCGGUAAUUUUUCUUUUUUUAACGCUACAAACAGCUCUAUGUGUCAGCGGGGAAGACAAAUAUCAAAAUGAUUUAAUCGUAAAAUUUUCUCAGGAGCUUUCAUAUUUAAAAAAUGAAGUCUCCAUUCUGAAGGAAAAGCUUGAAUCCUGCCAAAGAGGAAACCUAUGUUCCAACAUCGAUCCUGAUAGAAGAGAAAAACGAAUUGUACCCCAAGGAGAACAGUCACAAGUCGCCUUCCAUGCUCAUCUUUCACAGAAUCAAAACAAUCUCGGUAUCCACCAAGCCAUCCACUUCGACAAAGUACUUCUAAAUGAAGGCAAUGGGUAUUCGGUCCAUGCUGGCGAGUUUGUCGCACCGGUUCCUGGUUUGUACGUCUUUUCCUGGUCUAUUGCAGCUGGUGACCGAACCUGUAUGAAAUAUGAAUUCGUUCAAAACAGCUCUGUUUUGUUUUAUUCUAUAAGUGAUGCCCAUGAACAUGAUGACUGGGCCGUUUCGUCCGGAACUGCUGUCACACGUAUGAACUCAGGGGACCGUGCAUGGAUCAGAGUUUCUAGUAUGCUUACGUGUUCUCACACCGUUUUUGGAGCUGGUUUCGGUACUUCGUCUUUUUCCGGUUUUUUAUUACAUUAAAAUGUGUCCACGUUAACAUAUGCCACCCUGUACCGGCAAAAAUAAUUUCUUAGCUCGAAGUAAUAGUGAAUUCUUAUAAAUUGUUACAUAUAUUAUCUAAUUUUGUUUCGACUCUCUUUUUGGUUUUCAAAGUAGGAUCCUUUCCUAGAUGUGUGAAAAUGUCUUCAUUUUAAUAAUGACUUUUACUACUACUCAGUAUAUAUACACUGUAUCCUUGAAAACGUCUUUAUCUCAAC